AUGCAAACCAUUUACGGUCCAGUUCAGCUCCACGACCCACUUUCAUCCAGGUCAAAAGACCUAACACCAGCAGAAUUUGCCUUAGCAUUUUUACUCUUCCGUGACACCAUCUGUUUAGUUUUUCCAUCUUGCAGGUCCAAGCUCGACGAUUAUCUCUUCAUAAUCCUAGGCAUGGCCCUGCGUUUUGGCGGCACAGGCUUUUACAGCUACCAUGUGCACUUCGCUAACCAGGCAGCUGUCCGCAUUCAGCAUUUCAACCACAACACAUACUGGGGCACACUUGACUCUGAAUUGUAUUGCCAAAUCUUUGCCGCCCGCACCUCCCUCUCUUGUGAGCUAUGCAGAGCCCCCUCCCACCCUGCCACAGCAUGCAUUGUCAGUGCUCCACAACCUGGUCCACGCUCAUCUUCCUCUCACAACACCACAGUCCUUAACCGCUUGUCACCUGCUGCACCUCCACCUCCAAUCAAACCUAAGCCCUUGUACAUUCAACCCACCGUCGAUGUCCCCAUGCCAAAAGGGGUCGACAAGAAAGGAAGACCCAUCCUAUAUCAAGCCGGAAGGAUGGUUUGCAAUAACUUCAACCACCAUGGCUGCACCUUCUCCAACUGUCGCUUCCUAUUCGUCUGCUCCUUCUGCGGGGGUGCUCAUGCCGGGUGCACCUGCCCACAUAACCCAACUAUGCCCGCCAGCUGA